AUGGAGGCUCCUCGUCUGACGGAGCUCCCUGGCGAGCUGAGAUACAUCCAGUAUGAGCACAAGCUGGAGGAGCAGUAUCUCCCCGCCAUUCGGGCCCUGAUCUCCAAGGAUCUCAGCGAGCCGUACAGCAUAUACGUCUACCGGUACUUCUUAUACCAAUGGGGCCACCUAUGUUUUAUGGCUCUGAACCCCGUCGAUUCCUCCCUCGUGGGCGUCAUCAUCUGCAAGCUGGAGACACACGCGUCCCACUCGCCCCAGACGCUGCGUGGAUACAUUGCCAUGCUUGCCGUCUCGUCUCAGUACCGCGGCCACGGCAUCGCAACCGCACUCGUCAAGCAGGCCAUCGAAGCCAUGGCUCAGCGCAGCGCCGACGAGAUCGUCCUGGAGACGGAGGAGACCAACAUCCCAGCCAUGCGGCUGUAUGAGAGGCUGGGGUUUUUGCGGUCUAAGAAGUUGCACCGCUAUUACCUGAAUGGCAACAGCGCCUAUCGGCUUGUGUUGUUGCUCAAGUCUCUUGACGCAGAUGCAGCCACGGAUUUUGCACUCGACCAUGCCGACAGAUUGCCAGGCCAGUCGCUUACUCAGUCACAGUCUGGCAAAGGCUCGCCCGUACCGAUCACAGACUCCCCAAGGGCAGCCUGA